UUUUCGUUUCACAGUUUUUAGUUUUACUGUUUUUUCGCGUUUCUUUUUCAGCCUUUUUUCGUAUCUAAUAGGAAUUUCAGUUUGUGCACUUACUGGAGGUUGAUGAACAUAAUCACAUUCAUGAAAUAUAAAUGGUACACUGUUAUGUAGGUUGUUGGUACCACAAAGAAUGACUACAGUCUUACAGGAUGAUGGAAGGUUGGUAUUUAAAGCUCGCCAUAAUACAUUUUCUACCUUGUCCCCACCAAUACCAAGGUUGGUGGUACCAAAAAGUGGUCGAAUACUAUACCUUGAUGUGGACUUUCACAAAUUUAGGCUAACAAGAGGUUCAUCGUACAUCGAACUACCUAAGUGGGUAGCCUCUAAAAAGGCCGUCAUUAACCCCCCGGUGAAUGAGGACGAGGAAUGCUUUAAGUGGGCUGUUAUAGCACCCUUACAUCAUGAGGAGAUAGGGAAGAACCCGAAUCGAAUAUCUCAGAUGAAACCCUACGUAGACAUUUAUAACUGGGAGGGUAUAGAGUUUCCAGCAAGUAUCAAAAGCAUACACAAACUUGGAGCGAAUAACCCCGGGGCGAAUAACCCCGACAUAGCGGUCAAUGUCUUGUAUGUAACAGAAAAGAAGAUCAACAUCCUACGUCGAUCGGUGCAGAACGGGCGUACGAAGGUGGUGACUCUAUUGUACAUCACCGAUCAUAAAAAGACCCACUACACAGCCGUCAAAAGUCUAUCGAGGCUCUUGGGCUAGGAGACCGCGAAGAAUAGGAAUGCAAUGUAUUUUUGUCUGAACUGCCUACAGGAAUUCCCCACGGUUGAAUCGAGG